AUAAUAAUUUUAAUAAGACUAAGAACUAAGAAGUACCUAAUCUUUCAUGAAAGAAUAAUUCUAAUAUUCUAUAGAUCUAUAGGUCUUAUAAAACCGCGGUUCUACCUGUCAUGGAUUAUUAUCUAUGCUACCUGUACGGCUGUACGUCAGUUUACCUACCCAUUGUUCUGUGGUAUCAUAUAAGGAACCAUGAUAUAACAAAGUUAGUAACGUGUAAUGCGUUUAUAAUUUACUUUCUAGUUUCUAUACAUUUAUAAUUAUUAAUUUAAAUUAUUGUGGUGUAACUGUCAAUUGAAAUUACAAAACAGAUUUAAAAUUCAAAAUCAAAUACGAUUUUGAGUCUUUGAGCAUAGAUAUUUUUACUAUUUUAAAAUUUUAACUUCGAUGUUUAAACAAUUUAUAUUGUACUAAAAACCGGAUUAUAUAUUGUAAUGGAUGAUUUAUGUAUCAAAGUUGAUAUAGUUUUAAAUGAGUGUUCUAGAUAUUUAUAUAAUAUUGAGAAAAAAGAAUUUCAUGAAUCAUCUUUUAAACUAAUAUUCAAAGAUUUAAUUAAUGGACCACUCCUUUGUUUUGUAAAAUCUAUUCAAGUAUUUUUAAAAACAUUUAAAAAUCAAAAUGUUUACAUGCUUUGUGUAUGUUUAAGUCAAAUUCGGAAAUGUCUCCUUCUAUAUGAAAUAUCAAUAUCAGAACAAACUACUAUUCUACAUUUUGAAAAGAUUUUAAGCAAGUACAUAAUCAAGCGGAUUCAAAAAUGUUUUUAUAAGUUGGAAGAGUGUUUGGAAAUGAUAGAAAUACCUGAUUUAGAUGAACAUCCAGGAAAAUUCAUUGAUCAAAUGAAUAUUGUGUUAAAUUCAUUAAACAAUAGGGAUAAUUUUGAACUUAUUAAACCAAAUGUAAAUAAAAUUUUAUUUCAAGCAAUAACUAUUGCUAAAGUUGCAGAUGAAAUAGAUAACUUAGAAAUAACAUCUUCAUCUAAACAUGUUUUAACAGCGAUUCAACAAAUUGAAAAAGUUAAUAUCAAUGAUACUGAUAGUUUUUUCCAAUUUGAUUAUUUAUCAUCUUCAUUAUCUAUUCUUGAAAGACGGAUUAAUACAACUGUUUUGCAUCUUAUUUCUAAGAUUUUUAAUGAUCCAUUUUAUAUAAUUAAAAAACUGGUUAGAAAGUGUGGUGAAUCUGUUGACACACAACUAAGAAAUUCAUCAGAUUUAUCAAGUUUGAUUUGUGAUUUGGAUAAAUAUACCGACGAAUUAAUUCAGGUUGGACUAUUUUCUGUAGCCUGUUGUAAAAAUGAUGAAUAUGUUAUACCUUUAAAAUCUUGUUUAUCAAGCUUAGAACUUUUGGACAGUGAUAUGGUACCUGCUAUUAUUGAAUUUUAUUUGGAUCCAACUUCAUUGGUAAAGAAGACAUUUUUAAAACUGCUAAUAAACCAUUGGGUUUCUGAAAUUUGUGAAAUACAAAAUCUUUUGGACAAAAUCAUCGAUCCCUUUGCAUUUACUCAAACAACAAUAGAAACAUCUAUGAAUAUUAUUGAUACUAUCUCUAAGAGUAAUGCAAAUACCAACAUGGAUUUAUAUGUCAAGUUUUCAAAUGGAAUGAUUAAUUUUUCAAAAUUUAUGGAAAAAAUAUUUACUACAGCCCUUUUUGAAAAUAAAGAACUUUCUACAACUUUUGAGCAGUUUAAGAAUGCUCUGAGAGAGUACAAUGCAUGUUUAGUCUAUAAUCAAAGAACAAAUGACGGUUAUAAUGAUGAAUCAAUUAAAAAUAAAUUACUUAAAAGAUGUACAAUUGUAAUAAAAUAUUUGAAGAAUACUCAAAUUUUAAUUUCUAAUAUACUAAAUGAUAAAAGUUUGUCGGAAUUAGAAAAUACAAAUUAUAUUUUAUCUAAAACAAAACAAUCCUCCCCGAAUAUGUUACAAACUGAUAACCCUGAUAAUAAUGAAGAUUUGGAUUUACUGCUAACAACUAUUCAAGUUCAAAAAUCAUUUUACAAUAAAUCAGAACGUAAAACUUCAAAAAAAAUGUUUCAUCAAGAUUAUGAAUGUUUGAUAUCCGCUAAUGAAACAACAUAUGAGAAUGUUGUAACAAUGGAUCUUACAAAAAUUCUUGAUAAUUUUAUUCUCGAGUCAUUCAAUAUAAAUAAGGAUAAUAAAUUUACAGUUAAUUUAUGGGAAGAAAUAGGUAUUGACAAUCCUACAAGAAUACAAGAUCUAGAUAAUGUUGAUAAUAAGAUUACAAGUGUUAAUGAAUUAUGUUAAAGCGCUUAUUUCUUUUUCUAAUAAAAUUGUUACAAAUAUGCUUUAAAUCAACAUCCUAAUUAGUUGUUUGAUUUAAAAUUUAAAUGAUAGUUUUAUAUUUUACAUCAAAUGUAAAAGCUAUUGUAAAUAUUAAGAAUGGUUUAAAUAAAAUUUAAAAUAUAAAAUAAAAUA